CUUUCGGAAAACUUGGAAGCAAAACAACAAAGCUCGACUGACUGAGGGCAAAGGGAGGAGACGGUGAUGAAUUCCUGGUAGAUGUUCCUUCCCUGUGCUUCCACCCUCUCUGACCAGUCCCCCCACACAUGCAAAACAAAAGUGACUGAGUCCUAUUUGAUAACCAUGAUGGCCUCGUAUACUGAACACAGUGGAAAAAACGGAAGGCUGGGAAUAACAAUUAAACAUUUCAGUGGAAACCAAGAGGAGAAAGGAUAUGAAAUUGAUGUUGAAACCAAGAGCUCACCCAGGGAAUUGUGCCAUUCAGCCAGCUCGGCUGAAAGCAACGUUGGCAGUGUGGCUAGUUUCACCACCAACAACAACUCCGUCGUGUGCCUGCCUCUGGUCUCGGAGGGACUGAAACUGGUGUGGACGCAGUCUGAUCAGACCCGAGAACUUGACGAGAUCCCAGAACUUGUCCACGCCUUUAACUUAUUCCCAUACCCGUCAUCCUCAGAAGUCAGCACCCUGGCACGGAUGUGUGCCUUGCCACUGGACAAAGUUAAAGUGUGGUUUAUGGUGCAAAGAAUCAAAUAUGGCAUUAGCUGGUCUUCCGAGGAAAUUGAGGAAACACGGAGGAAGCUAGCUGUGCCGGAGCUUUACGAUAAUUCCACUGAAUCAAAUGAAGAAGCCAAACUGAAGGAAAAGAGCGAAAGUUUGGAGGAGUUGGUAAUUGAAGAUGACAGUGGUGAAGAAGAGGGUGGUUUACCUAGCUAUACUCCUCAAAGUAAGAAAUCAAAGUGCGAGUCGCCAGAUUUGUAUAAAGCAGCCAAAUCCAGAGCGCCUUGUUUCAGUUCCACCCUCCCACCCCCGAAGGAUUCAUAUUUCUACCACCCACCAGCAGAAAUACCAGCGAGUGCAGCAGCUGAUGUCUCCCUUGACCUUACAGAGGCAACUUCAAGACAGCACCGGCACGGGCGCUACAAAAAGUCCAAAGUUCAGCUUGCCGCUCUACGCAAGAGCUUCCUGAAAGAAAACUGGCCAGCAGAGGCCGAGCUGCGACGUUUGCAGGAAGAAACCGGGCUAAGCCGCAACGACAUCCGCAAAUGGUUCAGUGAUAGCCGCUACCAGCUAAGAGUCGGCCGAGGGAGCCUGGCGGCGGCACAAAGCUUUUCUCACAGCGCUGCUGUGGGAGGUAAACAUGAGUCGGAGAGUCAACCCCUUCCACUUGUUAGUCAAAAGUCACGUCAGCCCAAUGGGGAGAAACCCCCCGAGGGAACACGCAACAAUGGGAUUAGAAACUCACACUUCUUUCAGACAUUUUUGUCUAACAGCCUAGAGGCAUUUGGUGAAAGGGUCCUUGAGACACAGGGUCCUGAAGUGAUUGAGGAGCUUUCUGGAGACGGGGAGAGUUUUAAGGAUGAAGAACCAAACGAUGAACAACCUUUAGAGUUAACGAAAAACUUUAAGAGUGAACCAGACAUCAUCCUGGAAAUAAAAUCAUCACCCUAUUCUUCCCCGUCUGUCAGUCCACCACCAGCUGCUUCCCCAAGUAAACCGUUUUCACACCGAUUCAGAACAUCAAAAAAGUCACUGCACUCGACCCGAACCAGUCCCCCACAGACACCCCUGGGUUCCUCUGGGCCUUCCACUUCCACAUCUCCUACUCUUACUCCAGCAGGGCGGCCAAGAAAGACCAAGGAACAGCUGGAUGUGUUGAAGCAGCACUUCUUGCAGUGUCAGUGGCCCACAAGUGAAGAUUACACUGAACUUGUUAAACUUACUGGAUUACCCAGAGCAGAUGUUAUUCAGUGGUUUGGCGACACGCGGUAUGCCGUCAAAAAUGGCCAACUGCGCUGGGUCAAGGGUGUCCGUGAUCAGUUCCUAGCAGAACUUGCAAAUCAGCAAAGCAGCACCGGUUUGACGAACAGAGGUGGGACGACCUCUCGUGGACGCAAGCGCAAGGCCAGAGCAAACGGAACGGGUGCAUACUCUCCGGAUAUCCAGCCCCUGGUGGCGUACUACCUUGCAACAGGGUCGCUGCAUGAAAAAGACCUUGACACGCUAUGCAAGAAAUCCAGAAUGAGCUACCAGCAGGUGCGUGAUUGGUUUGCUGCUCAGGAAGUUGAGAAAACUGACCAAGAAUCCGUUGAUGUUGGAGAACAUUUCUAGAAGUUGUGGACUACACCCAACUUCAUCACAACAGGCUGAAAACAUUGGGGUUCACACUGCUUUAAUGAGGCACGUUUUGUAAAAUCCAGUCUUCCUAGAACAAGCCUAGAAUGAGGUUUGUGAUUUUCAUAUAUGCUGCAUUUCUUACUUCUCCUUAAUAUAUUUAGACUUGAAUUAUAUUUGCCCUCUUUUGUGUUACUGUAAACAGUGACCAGUACACUGGUUUGCUCUAUAUAUUUUUGUAGCUUAUUUUUGUUUAGUUCACUAAAACAGAUUUGUUAGUAUUCUACUGGUUGGAUGGUAAUUUAAAAUGUUUGUAAUUUUGGUACCUGAAUAUAAUGGAUGAUGUACUGCUUUAGGGAAAUGUCUGCAUUGACUGAAUAAUGUGUGCAGUUAUUCCUUUACAGCCAAGAAUUCCUUAUCAUGAAAGCACACUGGACAUGUUUUUUUUUUUUGUUUUGUUUUUUUUUCCUUUAAAAUGACAUCUUGCACUUUGGUUUUAGAGCUUGACGUCAUAAUUCCACCAAUUUACAGCUCUGAAAGCCAUCAUGUUUGGAUGCAGACCAUGACGAUGAAAAUGUAUUUGGUCUGAUUAGUGUAUUUCUGAAACGCAUUCCCUGAUUUCUAGUCAGUCGCUCUGUUGUAAUUCUGCAUAUCAGAAUCAUUUGUCAUAUGCAUAUAUCCAGACCUUUGUAAUAGUUAACUGUAGAUUGAGAAAACACAUCAUACAACUGUCCAAAUUGCCAAUUUAGUCAUUCAGUGAUGUUUUUUUUCCUCACUUUUGUCUGUCUAAACAUAGUGUGUUAGUACAUGGUUUCUAACUGUAGAAGGGCUAGGCAGGCAAAAAGAGUGUACACAUUAAAAGCAGAGAUGGAUUCAAAUCCAAAGAUUAUUA